GUAUGGACAACCCGAAUCUGUAAUAUGGACAGCGAUGGCGACGGCAAAACCAAUGGCCUAGAAUUGGGUGAUCCCACGUGCUCGUGGACAUCGGCCAGCUUACGACAGGUCAUACCGAUCGGACACCCGGGCAUCUGUGAGCCGGUCAAUAGUAUAUACUGCAUCCUGGCCAAUUCAGUAUACGACAAAUCGGACUUGCCUUGCCACAUCAAUUACCUCGACAACUCGACAACGGCGGUAACCUCCACCAUCAACAUGGUGACCCCCGAUUCUGCCCUGAAAGUUAGUUGCCCAAUAAUGUGGUUACCAUGA